CUCUCCGCGCGUCGCGGUGUUAGUACAUGUUAGGUGUUGGAUUUACCAUUAUUUCGGUGCAUUGUUUGAAACAUACGCUCAGCUGAUCAGUGACAUAACUAUAUGCUUCUAUACAACGUUACCUGUAGAGAAAAUAAAAAACACAAGAGUGCGAUCGCGUGUUCGAUCUCCAGGAACUAAAAAGGAGUCAUCUGUAAAUAUAAGCGUCGCGGAGGAGCGACCAAACGCGUGUGACUGAUCGAUACUUUUAAAUGAUAACAUGGUUUCAAUUAGGUGUUUUAGAAGACGGUGAGAUAGUGUGACUGUGGAAUUGUGUUGUGCGGUGAAUUUAAUUCAGAGUUCGCUCAAAGAGAUGCGGUUAGUGUAGUAAGAAUGUGGGGCGUGUGGAUACUGGGCGUGGCGUGCGUGGCGUGCGUGGCGUGCGCCGGCGCGCUGCAGCCGCGCUGUGAAGAGAUCACCAUACCCAUGUGCAGGGGUAUAGGGUACAACCUCACCUCCUUCCCGAACGCUCUGGACCAUGAUACUCAAGAAGAGGCUGGACUUGAGGUGCACCAGUACUGGCCCCUCGUAGAAAUCAAAUGCUCGGCCGACCUGAAGUUCUUCCUUUGCUCCGUGUACACUCCGAUAUGUAUAGAGGACUACCCGAAGCCCCUUCCCGCCUGCAGGAGCGUCUGCGAGCGCGCGCGGGCCGGUUGCGCCCCCCUCAUGCAGAAAUACGGCUUCCAGUGGCCCGAACGGAUGGCCUGCGAGAAACUCCCGCGUCAAGGAGACCCCGACCGCCUCUGUAUGGAAGAGACCGACCGCGCACAAGAACCUGAACCGCCGCGGCCUCCGCCGCGAAGGCCCUACAAAAACCAUUGUAAGGAUCCAAAAAACUGCGAAAGCGGCCCGGCUGCAAGCCCGGGCGAGGGCACAAGCGAGGAGUGCGCGUGCGCGUGCCGGCCGCCGCUGGUCAGCGUGCGAACGCUACACAACGCCAGCGCCACCACAAGCGGCGUGCCGGCGUGCGCGCUGCCGUGCCGCGGCGCCUUCUUCACGCGCGAGGAGAAGGAGUUCGCGGCGGUGUGGGUCGCGCUGUGGGGCGGCCUCUGCGCGGCCUCCACUUUAAUGACUCUAACCACAUUCAUCAUUGACUCGCAACGCUUCAAGUAUCCGGAGCGCCCGAUCGUGUACCUCUCUGCCUGCUACUUCAUGGUCGCGUUGGGCUACCUCGCGCGGCUCGCCAUAGGGCAUGAUGAAAUUGCGUGUGACGGCGCAUUGUUAAAAACUUCGUCAAAUGGCCCCAGUGCCUGCACCCUAGUCUUCAUUCUGGUAUAUUUCUUUGGCAUGUCGUCGUCUAUUUGGUGGGUGGUGUUGUCGUUCGCAUGGUUUUUGGCCGCCGGACUCAAAUGGGGCAACGAGGCGAUCGCCGGCCACGCCCAGUACUACCACCUGGCCGCUUGGCUGAUACCCGCAGCGAAGACUGUGGCGGUGCUACUCGCCGGAGCGGUGGACGGGGAUCCAGUCGCCGGUAUAUGCUACGUGGGUAACACGUCUUCAGAAAAUUUGAAACGAUACGUGCUCGCCCCGCUGAUAGUGUACUUCGCCCUCGGAGCGACGUUCCUGCUGGCCGGCUUCGUGUCUCUAUUCAGAAUACGCUCAGUGAUCAAGCGGCAGGGGGGCGUCGGCGCCGGCUCGAAAGCGGACAAGCUGGAGAAGCUCAUGAUACGAAUCGGCGUGUUCAGCGUGCUGUACGCCGUGCCCGCCGGCGUCGUGAUCGGCUGCUUCGCGUACGAGGCGGGUGGCCGUGAGGCGUGGCUCAAACGCGUCGCGUGCGGCCCCGCGUGCGGCGGCAAGCCCAUGUACUCCGCGCUCAUGCUCAAGUACUUCAUGGCGCUUGCGGUCGGCAUCACGUCGGGCGUGUGGAUCUGGUCUGGCAAGACGCUGGAGUCGUGGCGGCGCGUGUGGCGCGGCGGACGGGCGCCGGGCCACCGCGCACUUGUGAAGGGCGCCGUGUGACGCGAGGCGGCGGGCCCCGCGCCCGCGCCCCCGCUCGUGCCGCCGUUGGCGCCCCCGCUCGCGCCCUCGCUGGCGCCCACGCUGGCUCCGCCGCCCGUCGCGCCCUCCGCGCCCUCCGCUCGCUCCGCACAGCCCCUCUCAGACUACGGACCCGUCUAAUUCUGGGACUUCUCGAAGGGACUAGCUUAAUCAAUGAAAUCGACUCGGAUAACCUUUGUACAUGAAUUAUGAAAGUAAUAAGUGAAUAGCUUAGUUUACUUUCGUGCGUUCCCGAAAUAUGAAAGUGACCUCAAGUAUGAAACUGUAAGAUUUCUCACAUGUACUGCGACAGAAUAGAAAAUGACUCAAAACUAAAAACUAGUCUAAUAUCACUGAGGACAAAAUAAAACCCUUUAUACAGAGCUGUCAAUAAUGGACCAUUAUACCUAUCUCGGUGUAAUUUUGUAAGUUGACAUUUGAAUAAUCUUAAAAUGCAAUUUGUAAGAUGGCUAACUGUACGCAAAUUCUCAUAAUGAAAUCACGCGAAACGAAAUAGUACCCCACAAAGAAUCCAGUGCAGCAAUAGCAACGAACAGUAUAUACGGGUCCCCAAAGUGCCAUCCGCGGCUCGCGCAAGACAUUAGCUCUCGACGACUAUGUGAUAUACGUACGGAAUGUGCGACUUAUUCUAGUGUGUGAUUGUGCGCCGCGCUUUGUCUAGUCUUAGCAUAUAAAACGCGCGGCGGUGACGAACGUAAAUACGUAAUAGUUUAAGGACGGCAGUGAUGUUUCGAACGACUAAAGUGCGACUUUUCGUCGCACGAUAAUGCUGCGACUAUUUUGUCGCACAUCAAAAUAAAAAUAUAUUAACAGAUUUUCUGAACCUGUGAUUCCUCUUAAUAACUGCUAACUGAUACAUUUUAUACAAUUAAUAAAUAGAAAAAUAAUUUCUUAAAUUUCCUAGUGAGUAUGUGUAAAACUGUGAAAAUGAGAUUAUGUAACACGGGAUAUAACCGCUAAAAUAGCUAAACAACGGAAGCAGAUAUUAAGUGGAAUUACAUGACGCGCUGGAUUAGUUCAUUUACGGAGGUGUUUUAUAGUUGUUUUGUAAGCAUUUUGUACCAAUCAAUGUGAACCGAUCAUAACAAUGUUAUUGCAAAAACUUUUGAUAAGUUGUAGAUCUGAAUAAACCGGCUGAUUAAAAGUUUCUGUAAGCAACUUCAUGGACUGUUUGUCACUGCCGACAAUAAUGUACUCGUGUUUUUGAAGAUUGCGCCCUGCUGUCUCGCUCUAACCUAUUUGUAUCUUAGCGUUACAGUGAGACGGCGAUACUUCGAUACACGCGUUUACUGAUAUGUAUGAGACUAAUUUACUUAUACGUUUAAUAUCUGGGUAUAUGUAUGUUAUAAUAAUUAAUUAUGUUAGCAAUAAGGUUGUAAAAUUGUACGUAAUAAUAUAUUGUAUCUAUGAUUGUGGUAUACGUAAUAAUUUAAAAUUAAAUAUUUCUAUUCAUCUUGGAUGUAAUUUAAGUAGGUAGUUCUUGGAUACCGAACGUUUACUUGAAACGGCCGAUAGAGGGCGUUGUUCUCAAUAUGCUACGCCAUCUGUUGGCGAGUAGUUAAAAUUUCACACUGCCAUCUAUUGUACAAUAGUAAGACUUUUUCCCUAUUUGCUACUUUUCUAUUGUAAAAAACAAAGUGCAAUAGUUUCGAUGUCAAUUGAAUGGAAAUAAUUUUAGUAUAUGUACACACGAACACCGCAGCCUAAGAAAAAGAAGAAUGUAAUUUAUUUUAUAUCCUAACUGUAGAUAAAUAAAGCGACU